AUGAAUGAAGGUUUCUCAGGAGUUUUGGACGCCGAAAGCAGCCAGAGUCCCUGCAGACAACAGAGGAGAAACAUAGAGGAGGGAGCGACAAGCAGGGUGCCACUCCAACCCAAAAAUUUAUUGUGGAUACCCUUUUGGGACAGCACCCUAGGACUCAGAAGGAAGAACCCAAUAGCAAACAGAGGGAUUCUAUAG